AUCAGUUGGUGACACAUCCGGGACAUUAGUUUAAACUGCGUCAGGCAAAGCUAUUCAAGCUAACGUCAAGCUAAACUAGCUAACCAACCGUGCUAUAGGUUCUAUACAUGUCAUUAUACCUUACUUAUUAAGCCAGUUAUAGACUUAAAAUGAGUUUAGACACACUCUUUGAACAGAUUCUUCUAACCGAACAACAGUUAACUGAACAGACUCAAAGAAUAAAAGAAGUUAAAGCGGCCAUCAUCAGGUGCAAUGAGAAGAUAAAGAGCGCCACUGAGAACAAUGAAAUGGCCGAUGAGGAACUGGAUACCAAGGCUCAGCAGUUUUCUGCGAUGCGGCUGCAGCGCGACCUAAUGAAGAAAUGUGAAGUCCAGAUGUCGAAGCAGAUCCAGGAGCUGCUCUGGCAGAGGAGCCGACUCAGGGAACAGCUAGCCAAGAUAAAGUGGGACCUUAGGGAAGAAGAGAAGAACUUCCUUGAGGAAAUCUCUCGGUUCAACAGUGACUUCAGUCUCUGCGAGAACAGAGGCGCACGGUCCGAGAGCCAAACACACACUGAGAGGCUGGACCUGCAGAGGGAGGAGGAGGCCUUAACCAAAGAGAUGGAUCUGAUGAGCCGCAGGAACCGACACAUGAGCUCCCUGCAGGAGGAGAAGAGAGUCCUGCAGCUCAAAGUGCAGAGCCUGGAGGACGUCCAGAGAGAUCUGGACCUGCAGCUGAGUAAAGCUGAAGAGAUGACGGAGUCUCUGAGAGCGGAGGGCCUGUUUGUCAGUCAGAAGCCUCUCACUGACUGCACCUGUCUGAGGCUGAGGCAGGAGCUGGAGAUGCACACAGAAGAUGAGCUGGAGCUUCUGCGAGAGGCUCUCCGCUCAGAGAUAAACUUCCUGAAGUCGCAGAAGCUGGACAGCAGCCAGGAGAGCGAGCCGCAUUAGCUCUGGCAUGAUGAGGAUGAGGAUGAUGAAACAGGUUAUAUUGGUUCACUGAGCGUCUCUUCGGUUAAAAACAAACAUGGAUAUGAAUAGACAGGAGUUAAAGGGUUGAAAGUGGACAGGAUGCAGAGAUAAUAAACCCAAAUAAGUUACAUGCAAACAGCAAAUCCCUUUCUGUGCAUGACCUCAGUUACAAUGUUGGUGUUGAAACCUGGUUAUUUUCCAAACCCUUAAACAAUGUGCAGCUUUGCUUCAUAAUAAAUAUUCCCUUUUA